AUGACAACACGAAAUGAAUUGUCAUCAACGUCAAGACCAAAAACUUUGGAUCCCUCAAGCUACCUCGCUUCGGCAAAGAAUAUCGUCCCCGAAGUUUUCCCCGGUCGGGAAAGCGACCCUCGAAUACUUUUGCUCGCCAUUGAUGUGUGCAGUGAGCGCACCUUUAUUGUGAUGGAUAUCAACACCCGCGACUACGACUUUCGCACGGCACACAACAAUACGACAGUGUUCCCAGUUUAUGUCCUUCGACAGCAUGGAAGACGGCAGAACUGGGUAUUGCUCCGAUGGCAUCAACUGGAUGAACGUAUAAGUCUGCAGCUAGCCGACCUCCAUAGAGUGGAUUUUUUUUGUAGUUCUUCGAUAGAGCUUUUGCCGGCCAGCCGGUAUGAUCUUCAUACAGUUCCUCUAUCCCAACUCCGUCUACUCCCGAUGAGUAGGGAUCACCACUGCGAGAGGUCCGUCAAAUUCAACCUUGCCGGCGUCCCUAGCAUGGCGAGCUCUGCGGGGGGUCUCGUGUAG